AUGGAGUGGUUGAAAAUUGCCCUAGUUGCGUUUUCCGGGCGGGGAAAUGACGUAGACUACCCGUGCAGCAUUCUGGGACGCGUGGCUAACAAUGACAAGGAGCUCGUAAAUAUUCUGCGCAAUGGUUUCUUUCUUUUGACGUACCGCAUGAAUUUUAGCCCGCUUCCCCACUCUUCCGUGACCUCCGACAAGGGCUGGGGCUGCCUGGUGCGAUCCUCACAGAUGCUGCUCGCCCAUGCGCUUUGGCGUUACUCGGCGAAUGACUGCAGGCUUGACCACUUUCGUGACAUGGACACAGAGGAUAGCACCCCCUUCUCGCUCCAUAAAAUGGUGCGGGCGGUGAUGAAGAAGGCCGACGUGUUCAGGCCAGAGUACUGGACACCGAGCCAGGGCUGUGAGGCGAUCCGCUGCUGUGUGAACAACGCUGUAGAUCGGAAGCUUAUCCCUCCUAUCCGCGUUGUGGUUUGCUCCCAAGGAUGUCUCUUGGCAAGGGAGAUUUGUUCCAACUUAGAAUUUGGCACUGUGCUCAUAUUGGCUCCCAUGCGUUGUGGUGCCUCACGGCGGAUGACGCAGAUGAUGUUCUUUUCACUCGAACACCUCCUUCACUCUUCGGCAUGCAUUGGCGUGGUGGGCGGCGUGCCACAACGCAGUUAUUAUAUUCUGGGAACUAGCGGCCAGAGGCUUUUGUACUUAGAUCCCCAUUGCAUGACACAAGAGGCUUUAGUCUCGAGCCACGCAGAGAAGGCUGGUGUUGUGACUGUCACGGCGAGCCUUGUCAAAAGUGUACGGUGGGACUGCGUCGACACGUCUUGUUUUUUAGGAUUCCUGGUGGACUCUUUUGCUGAGUGGUUGGAGUUACGAACGUGUCUCGAGGAGUUGCAGAGACGUGGAAUGGAGCAGUUGCUUUGCGUGGAUGAUGGCGUUGCGGUAGGCCUUGUUGACGAGGAGAUAGCGGGUUGGCCGAGUGAGGAGGACGUGGCGGAGUAG